AGCUUACGCUGGUGUACAGUCCAGCAGUGAUUACAAUCAGUGUUGGGUUACGCUGCAGAAAAUAGGGCACCAUUAUUUCCCUGAAACCAGCAGCAUUGCCAGUCACUUCUGAGUGCAUUUUUGGCAACCACCUGGGCCCAGGAGACUGACCAGCUCCCAGGUGAUGCCUGAAAGGGACUUGUGGGAUGCCCCUUUUCCACCCAACACCCAUUCUCCACAUUCUUUGCACAUACACACAGAUUUAUUAUUUAAUUAUCUGCCAGCUGCUUCUCCUGAUCAGAUGGUGUGUUCAAACAACAGAUACUGCAGCUCUCUGCAUACCACACAGAUGUCACUGAUGCCACACGCAGGCACUUAGUACCUGCCUCUGAAGUUAGGAGCAUUGUCAAGGUGUAAGAGAAGAAAACGUGGAAGAAGCUGACUUGGAAGUUGGUAAUAGGAUAUUGCAACAGUCCAUCUCAGCUUUUAUAGUCUUUGAGGCAUGUCCAGAAGUCAGGUCAGGCAGCUAGGGACAUGUCAUGCUGAUGAUGUUGGCAAGGGUGACCUUCACUUGGUCAUCCUCAGGGCACUGCGCUCUCUGCCAGACUUUUAACAUCAACAUGUUCAUGUAUGUUAAACAAAAUGUCUAUGCCAAUACACGGACGUUGUCAGUACAGCUACAGACUGAGAACCUCAAAAAGCAAUCUGCAUCUGCCCACAGAAGGACGGCUUCAAGAUGAGCCUGUUCCCACACCGCACCAAGCAGGAAGCCAGAAACAGCUGACACAAAACCAGAAGAUAAAUCACAUUACUCAAACAAAACAUUCUGUUUACAGAGAAAUGCAUUAGAUUCCAACAUAAUGCAUAAUAAAUACAUGAUAAACACAUAACAAAUACAAAGCACACCAUGAAGCAGAAGCAGCUUUUGCCAGAAAGAGAAAGUCUCUACAUUCGGCAUGCCAUCUCACCUGGCCACACUGGCAUCGAAAUGAACCAGAAAUGCCAUUCUGAAGAUCAGAAGUAAAGCUCGGGUUCCUGUGUGGGAUUAACAGUCCCACAAAGAAAAUACACCUCACAUUUUAAGACUGCUUUUUUUUUCCUUCUUCUCUUCUCUGAAUCUUCACCAGGAAUUCAAAUAUUAAUUAUUGUCCAACAGAUUUCAAACCUUAACUGCUCAUUUCAGUGUAAACCAUAAAAUACAAAGACGGAAUGCAUUUUUUCUUGCCUUCAGUGGUCUAUAUAGCCAAUUUCUCAAGCUACAGAGGGAGGGCACCAUUUCUGAAAAUGUCAGUGUACAUGAUUUUGUAGCCAAGUAACCCCAUGGUGCUUCAUCCCAUUGUAAGGGCAGCUUUGAGCAGACUUUCUGAUGAUGGAUUUAAUGCCAAAUAGUACUGUCCAGAUCAUGGGAAUUCACACGCACAAGCUACAUUUGAAGAUUAUCCUGGGAAACCGUCAGGAAACGUUCUUUGUUCAUUCUUCUCACAUCUCUGAAGGACCCAAAUAGUCAUGGCACAGUGUAGUUGAUCCACAUAAACAAAAAUCCAGACAAUGUGCCCACCUUCACAGAUAUGGUCAUUUUUUUCUUUGUCAGUAGAGAAGAAGGUAGUAUACUUUUUGACAGAGACCGAAAGGAAGAGAGAGAGGCAACAGCAAACGUGAUUAACUAACUCGGAUGAUAAGUGGAAAUGAGGAAGGAAACAACACAUCACCACCAGCAGAAAAAGUUUCUUCAUUCUACACAUUUCCCCAUUCUUAAUACUUUGCUUGAGGCUUCUGUCAGCAGAGGAACAGCAGAUGAAGUGGAGAUAGCCAAAGACCCCUCUUCAAAACAGCUGCUGCCAAGUUUGCUCAGUCUAUUCUGGAAAAUGGAAGACUUUGCAAACGAGAGUACCAUCAGUAACUCCAGCGGAGCACCCUUCUCCACCCCAUGCCACCGAGACACCAGAGUUACCCACCUGGUCUUCCCAGUACUCUAUACACUCGUCUUCCUCCUGGGACUUGUACUGAACAGCCUGGCUCUUUGGGCUUUCUUCUAUAUUCCAAGCACAUCAACUUUCAUUGUCUACCUGAAAAACACCUUAGUAUCUGAUUUUAUAAUGACACUGAUGCUUCCUCUGAAAAUCCUGACUGACUCUGGCCUGGGACCAUGGCAACUCAAAGCCUUUGUCUGUCGCUUUUCAGCCGUAAUAUUUUAUGACACCAUGUAUAUUAGCAUAGUGCUCCUUGGUCUCAUUGCUUUUGACAGGUUUCUCAAGAUCGUGAGACCCUUUGGGAAGUUCUGGGUGCAACAUGUGACCUCAGCAAAGAUCCUCGCAGGUCUGGUCUGGCUCUUCUUCCUUGUUCUCUCUCUACCAAACAUGAUCUUAUCAAACAAGAAAGCAACACCGCAGUCCGUAAAGAAGUGUGCCUCGCUGAAGAGCUACUUUGGACUCAAAUGGCAUGAAGCCGUCAAUUACAUCUGUCAGUUCGUCUUCUGGACUGUUCUCAUUCUUAUGUUUCUAUUUUAUGUAAUUAUUGCCAAAAAGGUAUAUGAGUCUUACAUGAAAACACAGAAGAAAGAAAACAAAAGGGAAAAAAAGGUCAAGGGGAAAGUAUUCAUCAUUUUUACUGUGUUCUUCUUAUGCUUUGUCCCCUUUCAUUUCAGCAGGGUUCCCUAUACCCUGAGUCAAACGACAACCCGAAUGGAAUGCCGUCUGCAGAACCAGCUCUUUGUCGCUAAAGAAAGCACUCUUUGGCUGGCUGCCACAAACAUCUGCAUGGACCCUUUGAUAUACAUGUUCUUGUGCAAACCAUUUGUAGAGAAGAUAUUAUGCAGGAGAGCAGACACACUUCAGAAAACCGUUCAUACAAACCCCAAAUCCGAACUGGACACACGAACAUCGGCAACUGAACCUUGAUUCUGUAGCUCAUAUUCAUAUGUGGAUAUUUGUAGAGAAGUUAAAAAAUAAUGUUUUACUUCUGCUGUAGAAAAUUAAAGGGCAGUGGUACUGUAAUACUACUACUAAAUAAAAGUGGCACACUGCAUUUCCAUAUUUAUGGUCACUGCUUAGCUUCGAUAGGCGAAAAGCUGUCACUCACAUUGCCACCCCAGAUCUAACACUGAUCUUCCCCCAAGCUCUGCCCUCUCAUUGGGAUCACCAUCACUAAUCAAAGCUGGGGAAGCCCAACUGCAUCUUGGUUGUUGCCCGCCCAGCCACAGUUCUGCACUCGCACCACAGAGAUCUGUACCACCUCAGUCAGACACUAAUGCGACUUCACAGCUGUAACCACACGAGUCUGAAUAAAAAAAACUGCAUUGGUGAUGCAUAAAACUAACAGUGAUCAGCUUGUAGUCUUGCAUUGCUGUGCUGGCUCUGCAAAGUUAACAAGAACUAAAAUGCCUUCGCUUAAGAACGAGAUACCGAAUAAUUCUAUCUGCUUUAAACAAGCAAACAAAAACCCUUUCUUAUUAACACUUGAACAUCUUACUGACUAUAGAUGCUUCUAAAGAUAAUUUAGCUUUAUUUGGGAAUAAAUCGCAGAGCUCUUGA